AUGGAGCUACCAAAGAAGAAGAUGUCCUUCUACAACAACGCUCUCAACAGCGCCCAGGCCCAGAGCCCCAGCCGGCGCGUCAAAAAACCCGAAACCAAUCCCGACAUUUUCGAGAUCUGGGUCGAGUACGCAUACACCCGACGCAUCUUCAUCAACCAGCCCGGCAAAGACACAAUCGAGCAUCUCUGGCUCCGCUGGUCCGCAUGCUACGCUAUCCUCCAGUGCCCAGACUUCCUCGACGCUUGCAUCGACGCAUGCUUCGAGAUCCUCUCGGACACACUCGCGAUGCACAAGGAAUUGCCGGGUUGGAUCUAG